CACUUGGCAUUCAAGGGAGAACUUGAGUUGUUCUCUUAGUAGGUAGAUAUAUAUUUAUUUAUUUAUUUCAUGCAAAUUCCAUAAUUAUUUUCUAUAGUUCUUUGAAAUAGACCCAAAUUUGACCCCAAUACACCUCCAAAGAUCAAAGCUUUCUCCCCGAGAAGAUUCAAAAGAUUCACCUGAUUUAAUAACAGAGGGUUUCUCUCCUUUAACUUAUUAACGUCCCAGAGCUCCAACAAAGCUUGAAGAAUCAAGUUUCAAUGGGAAAACCAGGAUUUGCAAGAAAAAGAGGUAAAAUUUCCUUUAGUUUGCUUCGUAAUGUUCGUUUAUACUUAUUAAUAGGUACAUCGUAUAUAGGAUUGAAGAGAGUGAACAGUUCAAAGCCAUUUAAGAAGUUCAAAAAUCUGAAGCUAAAUCCUGGAGCAGAAAAACUUGUACCUAAGCAACCUCUAGAAAAUGACUCAGAGGAUUGGUCUGAUGAAAAUUCUGAGGCUGAAUUAGAAACCAAAGAAGAAGAAGAAGUAGAAGAGGAUAUUGUUUUUAACAGAAAGCCAACAAUGUAUGACAAUUUAUUGAAGAGGUUGGGAUCAAGUAGUCAAUUAAUUGCAAAUGCGAUUAAGCAAAGAAAAAGAGGAGAAGAAGGGAAAAGUGAUACAGAAGAUGAUGAAUCAGAAAGUGAGGUUGAAGAUGACAAUGAAGGGAGUAUUGAUGAGUGUCCUAGAAGAAUUGAAAUGAUAAAUGGUGCCAAAGAAAGUGGUGUGCCGGGUUCUACAGAAAAGAGUGAAGAUUCUGGAUCAGAUGAUGGAGAGAUUGGUGCCUCUGACUCAGACGAAGAACAUGAUUCGAGAACAAAUGUUGAAUCCAUUACCAGCAGAAGUACAUUCAGCAGUCACUUGGAUUAUAAAUUAUCUCAAGGAGAGGUUGACAACUUAUUCAAGAGGAAAUGGAAUUACAAAUGGGAAGUUCCUGCUCUUCGUGCACCCAAUUGCAAGUGGAGAGGAACUGGAGACUGUUUUUUGAAGGACAUUGACAUGAAUGAAAUGUGUGGCCUCAAGCCAAGAUUGUAUAAGCAUUGGGUAGAUGUCUACCAAGGAUCUGGCGGCACUGAUUUUCAAUCAUCUGAGCAGAGAUUCUUUUUCUCCAUCUGCAACAGCUAUCGGGAUGUAUUACACCAUAACAAGAAGCCUUUUUAUCUUAAAGGUCAAGAGGACUCGAGUAUCCUGGAUGCUUAUGUUUUGCACACUUUAAAUCAUGUUUUGAGAACAAGGGAUUUGAUCAGUAAAAAUGAUGCAAAAGUGGCUGAUGCUCAAGGACAAGGGGGCAUUCUCAAUGGUGAUGGUUUCCUGGACCAUGGGUUUACUCGUCCUAAGGUCUUGAUCCUUUUGCCUUUAGCAAGCAUUGCAUUUUGGGUAGUAAAGAGGUUGAUCCAGUUAACCCCUUCAAAGCAUAAGGUUAAUAUUGAACACAUGGAUCGCUUUACUGAGGAGUUUGGGAGUGGAGGAGUUGAAAGUGAGGAGGAGGAUGAGGAUGUUGAGAACUCAAAAAGAAAGAAGUCCUCUAAACCUUCUGACUUUCAGUCAUUGUUUGGUGGGAAUAACAAUGAUCAUUUCAUGAUAGGCAUCAAGUAUAUGGGGAGGAAGAUCAAGUUAUAUGCUGAUUUUUAUUCCUCAGACAUAAUAGUUGCUUCCCCUCUUGGUUUGAUCACUAAAAUUGGCGCGGCAGAAGUAGAGAAAGAAAAGGAUAUUGAUUAUCUUUCCUCCAUAGAGGUUUUGAUUAUUGACCACGCAGAUGUCAUACUAAUGCAGAAUUGGUCUCAUGUGAACACAGUAGUUGAACAAUUAAACCGGUUACCUGUGAAGCAGCAUGGAACUGAUAUAAUGCGCAUACGACCAUGGUACCUAGAUGGACAAGCGCAAUUCUAUCGACAAACAAUAAUUCUAGGUUCUCACUUAAACCCAGACAUCAAUUCACUGUUCAAUCGGCACUGCCUUAACUACGAGGGAAAGGUCAAGUUGGUGUGCCUUUAUAAAGGUGUUCUUCCAAAAGUAUUGAUCCCUGUACGGCAGAUAUACGAGCGGUUUGAAGCAGACUCGAUUGCAGAUGCUGAUGAUGCUCGUUUCCAGUAUUUUUGUAAGAAGGUGUUUCCCAAAAUAAAAGACUCUAUCCAGGGUGGAAUUAUGCUAUGUAUUAGUUCUUAUUUCGAGUUUGUUCGACUCCGAAAUUUUUUGAAAUCUCAAGAAGCAUCGUUCUGCCUUCUUGGAGAGUACACCAAACAAAGUGAUAUAUCUCGUGGGCGAGUUUGGUUCUUCCAAGGACAGCGGAAAAUCAUGCUAUACACUGAGAGAGCUCACUUCUACCACAGAUACAAGAUCCAUGCUAUUCAGAAAUUGAUCAUUUAUUCUCUUCCGGAGAGGAAAGAAUUUUACCCUGAGAUAGUAAAUAUGCUCGAAGGAUCUCAAAACAUGUCUUGUACCGUGCUAUUUUCUCGUUUUGAUCAGUUCCGGGUAAGAUCUUUUCGAGCAUGCACUGAAAUGAAAGUGUCCCUUGAAAAUUUUCUAUUCUUAUUCUCUCUGAUAGGUUUCUUUAGAAUAGACAAAGUUCAUAGAGAUUGAAAUUUGAUUAGGUCCUCCAGAGUCCUGUGAGGAAAUUCUUCCCUAUUUACUAGUUAAAGUGGCAACAACAACAACAAGAAGAUUUGCUUCAC